AUGAAAUAUACAGACCAUGAUAGUUGGUUGUCGCCGUCCGACAACACUGAAGCUGCAUCAACGUCUCUCACAGAUGAAAAAAGCACAGAUAUAAACAAAUUAUAUUUACAAUAUGGUGCAGAGCUUUAUUCUAUGGUGGAUUCGGAGGAACAGCGCGAGGUAGCUGAGAGAAACUCCCAAAUGAGGGCAAAAGUAAAGUCUUUUGGCAAAAAAAAGACUGAUAGGGCCUCUAAAAUAGCUCGUCCAGAUGUUUUCAUCGGUUUGAAUAACUCAUCCACGAGCACUUCCCAGUCUAAGAAGAACCUCAAAGACUACAAGAGUAUUAAGGAUAUCUUGGGGCUAGAAUCUCUGCAUACUCAUUUGAAAAAUUCUAAGCUCCCUUUUACUGUUAUUUUGGAUAUUGAGCUUCUUAAGUUGCUUGACUGGCUAGCUCCCUCAAAGGAGGAGCGCAUAGCCAAAGAACAGGUUUUGAUGCAGUUGGAGAUUGUUGUAAAUGCACUUUUUCCCAACGCGAAAAUGCGUGCAUUUGGUUCAUAUGCUACCGGCCUUUCAUUACCCGGAGGAGAUAUUGAUGUUUUUAUCGAAUGUGAAGGACCAGAAUUGUGCAUACUAAAUAUGUUGGUUUAUGCAUUGAAUAGGCUGGGUCUUGUUCAUUCUUUUGAGUGUAUUUAUAAUACAAAUGUGCCUGUUGUAAAAUUAGUGGACAAAAGAACUGGUGUAAGGUUAGACAUAUCUGUAUUUCAAGAGUCCUCGAAUACUACUACAAAAUUUAUCAAGGAAAAAUGUUCUGCUUUCAAAUAUAUGCAACCUUUGAUACUUCUUAUAAAGUUGUUUUUGCAAGCGCGUAAUUUGGGAGAUACUUAUUUUGGAGGUGUUGGAUCUUAUCUACUCUACUGUAUGGUAUUGAGCUUCUUGCAGAUGCACGAUAGCAGUCACAAGGAAGAAAGCGACGAUUCUAAUUCAAUUGCGACCCUUUUUGUUGAUUUCUUUUAUUAUUGGGGAUUUAUUAGAGACUAUGAUCAAUUUUGCACAACAGUUCGUGGUCAUGGACAUGUAUAUCCCAGGAAUUUGAGAAAUGACGAUCUAAAUUUUAUGUUUAGCUGUGAGAGCCCAAUGGACCCCAAUAUUGAUAUAGGAAAAAAUGCUCAUAAUAUGCAUAGUGUGAGAUUGGCAUUCCAACAUGCAUUUAUGGUAUUGAAGAAUUAUAGCUCGGAAAUAGACGGAGGACAUUCACACAGUAGAAAUGCGCUAGGAAACAAAACGAUAAUAGAGUCCCUAUUUGACGUUUCACAUCCCGUAUUUCAACAUAGAAAGAAGGAAAAUAGCAAAAUGAUUUUUAAAGAAUACUUUUAUGAUUCCUUUCCAACAUCAAAAGAAUCACUUGACCUAGUUUUUAGUGAGCUCAGAAAAUCACUAGACAGAAAUACUACACACACAUUCAACGCUCAAAAGCAAUUUAUCAACCUACUAUCUCAAAAGCAUGAUGGGCAAAUCGGAAAAGAUGUAGACAUCCCCUUCUAUAUCGUAGCAGAAGCCGUAGCUAACGAACAAAAACAAAGAUAAUAUAGUACAUCAAAUUAAGUAUUUCUUAGCAGCUUGUUGCACUCUAAGUUUAAAAUUUAGUGAAUCUAUUGUCCCAUUGGGAGCAUACAGU